CGGGGCGCGGCCUUUCAAUCCUUUUCGCACAUGGAGCUGCUCGCAGAUAAGGUGGACCAAGGAAGACAUGAUACUGGCUUGUUCUUGAACAUCCCCCCUGACCACGGCAAACAAGACAUUGAAAUCCAAAUAUUGUGCCUUAAUCGGCAUCCAAUUACCACUCAGCGAAGUUGUUACGAGCUACCUUUUGUCCUUGAGCUGAUUGCUGAAGUAAGAUACUUCCCGGGCACCGAAGAAAAACCUGGUUAUGUAAUCGAAAAGCUCCGGACCCGCUCCGAGGGGCCGGUGAUGCCAGAACUUACCCGGAAUCAAAGCAGCCGACAUGGGAGCUACAUCCGGCAUCAAUCCGCGAAACACCCCACGGCGCUCUCAAGCAAAUGUCCCGGCAACAAUAGCAAGUCGCGAGCACGUUGCCUUGUGAGGCAACCUUGAACAUCCGCCCACCAUGCGCGAGUUCAUGAGCUACGUGCAGAGCGCGUUCUACGACGCCACCGGCUGGAACCGCGACAACUCGUACUCGACGCUCAACGCAACUGCAGAUGCACUCCUCAACUUCCCAACACCGCAGGGCCUACGCCUCACACUCUCCUCUCUCGCGACCCCUCACUUUGCGACAUCAUACCAACUCGGCUCCGUAGGUGUAGUCGACGGCUCCAUCUCCUACCUCUACUCCUCCGUGCCCCUCCGCGCGCACCUCACCCCGCAAUCCGAUGCCAUACCGCUGCCGGCGCUGCUGCGCUCCUACCGACCGCUCGCCGACCUCCCACCCCGAACCGACUGGAAGCCAUACCCCCUCCUUAGUCCGGCCGCCGCCUCCCUGCUAUACGGCCGCCUGUACCUCCCCGAGUCUAUGCUCGAGGCCCUAGUCGUCAAGAGGAUAUCCCCCGCGCUGCAACUCCAGCUCAGCGCCGUCUCGGGAAAGUUUCUGCGCAACGGAGGCACGGUCCUGGGAAUGGCUCAGUACGACGUCGGCAGGUACGCCAUCGAAGGUCUGGGCUCGUCUGAUGGUGGUCUGCUGGGUUUCAGAGGCGCAUACAACUUCGGUGGUGACACAGAAGAUAUACAAGCUCUACGAGCUGGCGGGAAGCUGGGCGGACCCACGGACGAAGCGAAAGAACGAAUCUACGGACGCUUCAGCGCCGGUGGAGAGAUCUACUACGGCCUGCUUAACAAGUCUGGCGGCGUCAGUUUCGGCGGGCGCUUUGCGACGCUCCCGGAGCACCGCGGCACCCCUCUGACGGCGACGAUGACGAUCAACCCCCUGAUGGGCAAUAUCAGCGCUAGCUACGCGGUGGUGGCCGGCAAGCACUGCAGUCUCGCGACGAGGAUGGACUUCAACGUGUAUAGCUACGAGAGCGAUUGGUCCGUGGGCAUGGAGCUGUGGCGUAAGAACUUGACCCGCAACCUCGAGCCCGCUCUCUCGGCCGAGAGCUUUGUCAAAAAGGACCGCAGUUUCCAGGCCAAGCUGGAGUGGAGGCUGGACGAGGAGCCCGAGGCUCCCAAGCUGCAGCCGAGGCUUGUCGUGGAAGAGCCAGAGCAGGAGCGGAAGAAUAAGCCGAGAGACCGCAGCUUUCAGGCGAAGAUGGAGUGGAGACUGGACGACGAUCCUGCUGCGGUGGAUGGGACGAAGGAGGCGGCGGAUGCCGGCACGGCUGGGUCACCCAGAGGCGCGGAUGAAUACGGCAGCGUCAUCAAGGCACGGCUGGAUCAGAACAUGAAGAUUGGGGUCUUGUGGGAGGGGAGGGUCAAGUCCCUCCUGUUCAGUCUCGGCAGCGCCAUCGACCUGCGCAAGCUCGACUCGCCGUUCCGCACGGUGGGCGUGGAAAUCCAAUUUUCAUCAUGAGAUGGAGUUAAUUGGGCCUUUUUUUUUUUUUUUUUGCCAUAUUACACGUACCCACCGGUAAUCUUCCCCG